ACCAAGCACAUGCUGCUGACUGACCACGGUGCACACCUCUUCGCCCAGGCCAUGGGGAUUCCUCCGACUCCAGGGGAGAAACUCAUCACUGAGAGAUCCCAGGAGAGGUGGAGGAAGAACCUGGAGCCAGAUUCCAACCCUGAGGAGUUUCAGAAGGACCUGGGAACAGUCGGUGCUGUUGCUAUAGACAGCGAAGGAAACGUGGCUUGUGCAACAUCCACUGGAGGCCUCUCGAAUAAACUGAUUGGCCGCGUUGGUGACACGGCGUGCAUAGGAAGUGGAGGUUAUGCUGAUAACCGUUCUGGUGCCACUUCAACCACAGGACACGGGGAGAGCAUUAUGAAAGUGGUCUUAGCUCGCCUGAUCCUCUAUCACAUGGAGCAAGGAAUGGCACCAGAGCUGGCUGCGGACACGGCGUUAGAGUACAUGAAGACGCGAGUUGGGGGCUUGGGGGGUGUCAUUGUUGUUAGCAGCUCGGGAGAGUGGGCAGCGAGGUUCUCCACCAAGCAGAUGUCCUGGGCUGCUGUAGAGGAUGAGCAGCUCCAUUAUGGGAUUUAUACUGGGGAGAGGCGUACGAAAUCCGUCGAUGAAGCCCUUGCAUCUGAAAGUGAGGGAUUCUGAGGAUGAAGAGACGUCGACUGAGGGAGAAUGAAGAUGUCCAGAUUUUACAGGAGGACAAUGACGGCUGAUUGCCUCUCUCUGAAAGAUCUGUGCUCUUGUGACGGGCUCAC